UUUCCUGGCCUACACAGUCCCGAGGCUUAUAACCAAACAAGCACAUUCCCUCUGGUCUCCGGUUAAAGAUGCAUUGUGGGAUGAAAUAAGAUGCUGGCAGAGGGGCGCAGGGAGCGGCUGGUCUGCAGCCAAUGGCGAGCGCUGUGUAGGACGGCAUUGUGAAGAGCCAGGGAUUUUAGCGCGGGCACCAGUCAGCGUUUGACUUGAUCCUUAUGUUCUUCUCCUAGCGUCAAAAGGGACACCCGAAACGACGAAAGCUCGUACGGCGACUGUUUUGAAUAGCACACUUCUCUUGCCAAAUAUUAUUGACAGGCACCAUGACUGACAGGAAGGCUGUGAUCAAGAAUGCCGACAUGUCUGAAGACAUGCAGCAGGAUGCGGUGGACUGUGCUACACAGGCCAUGGAGAAAUACAACAUAGAAAAGGACAUUGCCGCAUACAUCAAAAAGGAGUUCGAUAAGAAAUACAAUCCUACGUGGCAUUGCAUUGUGGGAAGGAACUUCGGCAGCUACGUGACCCAUGAGACAAAACACUUCAUCUACUUCUACUUGGGCCAGGUGGCCAUUCUCCUGUUCAAAUCUGGCUGAAUCUAGACUGGACCAGACCCUAGAAUGUAUCUCCUGUGAAGACUGUGAUGCACUGGUGGCUGAUGUCAUCAAUGAAAUAUUAAACGAGACCAUACCAUGACUAUGCUGGCUGUGCACAACUGCAUGGAUCAUAUCCCAUACUACUUGUGUACAUGUUGCAGUUAAAUUGCUUUUCAUUAGAGGCCCCAAGUUUUUGUUAAUGGUCCUUGCAGGUUUUUCCUAGCACAUAUGUUGUAAAAAUAAAUAAAAAAAAGGAGCUAACAAGCAUAAUUGCGGAAGUCAGAAAAUGUGAGUAUUAACCAGCACAAAUGUCUGCUAUAAAUGGAUAUAUUUUUGGUGACUUAGUGCUGUAAUAUUUUGAAUGCCAUGCGCUACAUGUCAUUUUUGGGGUAUUGGGGCAAAGCCUAGAAGCACAUUUGGUUGAAUGGAGGUGGAUCUGUAUAGUUUGAUUGGAAGCAUUUUGUUCUAGAAGGAAUGUUUUUGUCUGAUUACCUCUGCAGUAAAAUGUAUAUUUUCUUUUCAUUUGAGGUAUUGUGUUUUGAGAGAGCUAGUAUUGACUUUUGGCAAUGUGUUAUCUGACUAUACAAUGGAUUAGAUGUAUGUAAUUGACAUGCACAUGUAAUUAAGUUUAAGAGCAAAAACAUCACAUGUAAGUCAUAACACUAAGUCCAUCAAAUACUAACACCAUCAAGCCAAUAACAUGUUGUCGUCAAGUCUUUUCAUGUAGUCGUCUGCAGAACAGGUUUCUGAAUGUAAUUAGUAAGGUCUGAUCGCACAACAGAUGUAUUUGUCGUCUUCUUGUCUGCUGUUCUGCUAUUUCGGAGUAGAGUUAAUUAGCAUGUGUCUGUUUUUCUUUCUUUCUUUUUUUUUGACUUAAGUCUGCACCUGAUCAUAUGUCUUUAUGGUUUGCACAUUGCAUAUGCCAAAAGCCCACUCAGGUACCGCCAUUGACAAAAGCGGCCUGUCAGAUUCAUUAAAACGUGAUUGAAAGA